AGUCGCCUUUUUGAGACUUUACCAAUCACAACCAUUGCUCUAUCUAAGAGGCGGGACCACCAUUCCUUAGCAACGUUUGGUUCCUUGUCUCUUGCGGCGGGUGUUUCAACAUGGCGGCUGCUGCAACAAGCAAUGGGAAGUCUGGAAUAUUUUGGACAAAUAGUGUAUCAGAUGAGGAGGAGCCUUUGGCAUUUGUUCCUGGAGUGGACAAAGUAGUCUCUCGCAAACCAGGCAGCACAAAUAUCACAAGUAAAAAAAGCACCAAGAUGCAAGUCAGAGUCAGUACCAUAACGAAAAGUGGCAAGAAAGCUUGCUAUUUAAAUAGUGAUCAGUGUUCUUAUUUAAAUAAAAAGGCACUGCCCCUUGCCAGUGCUUCGGCAGCCACAGACAACAGCCUUUCAUCAGGUUCUAUACCCCCAGUAUACCAGGUUAUAUCUGACAUUAGCAGAGCCCAGAGCCAGGUCUGCCUGAAAGACCUCUGUCCUGAAGACAAGCGACGCAUUGCAAAUCUCAUUGAAGAACUAGCCAGAGUGAGUGAGGAGAAAGAUGAGUCGGUGCAGCGCCUUAAAGAUGAACACAAUCAUUUUGAGCGCAAGAUCCAACAGCUGGAGCAACAGAACCUGGUCAUAGCACAUGAAAGAGAAAACCUUCAGCAGCAGUACAGAGAGUGUCAGGAGCUGCUUGGGCUUUACCAACAGUACCUUUCUCAGCAACAAAUGAAGCUCAACCAGUCCAUUGCUGAGCUUAGCCAGGCACAAGCUCACUGCAAGGUGCUCAGCAGUGAAGAAGCCCCCAGCAGAACUACUAGCCAAGCUAAUGGCCUACUGUUUGAUGGCUCGUACCUCAGCCUUGCUCCUACUCGAGCGCAACAGCCACAAGCGCACAGGAGAAGUAGUGGAAGAACGAGAGCCUUGCAAACUGUCAGUAUUUCUACCCCCAUUUCCUAUGAUGUUGAGGUCUGUCCCCCUGAUGAGCAAAUCAAUCAGCAUAGAAUUCAGACAAGGGACUAUGAAUUGCAGCCCAAUCAAGGCACUUUCCAAGACAGUGGAUGUGGCACCCAGCAACGCAGAACUAAUGGCCAUUCCCUUGACAGUAGCUGCCAGAACACCUUCAUCCAAAGGCACCAUGGUGAGAAUAACUUGGCUGCUGAGGCCAAGGAAAGCCUUACUAGCCCUCUACUUGGUCGAGAGGACUGGGAGGAGAAGAGGCACCAGCUGCUGCUGCAGAAGAUGCACUUGGAGAUGGAGCGAGAGAAGCUGCAGGCACGGUUGGCUGAUCAGGAGGAGAGGCUCAGCAGACAGAAUGAGCAGUUGUGCCAGUCACGCCUUGAUUGUCAAAGGUUUCAAGAAGCUUGUCAAUCUAAACUCGGAAGCUCAAUUGCAAAUAAGGAAACUCCACAGCCAGACUCUCCUCACCACCAAAAUUUACCCUCCAGUGUUCGUGGCACAGAGAAUCGUCCUGUAAGACGGCAUUUACAAGACAAUGGUUCACAAACUGCACCGUUGGACAAAACUCUUCACUCUUGUGAAGCCUCGGUGCAAUCAAAAAAGGACACAGCCACAUCACCUGUAGAGUUGCCUGUAAGUCCUCUGAAGCUCACCACGGUCCCCGUGACACAAAAGACACCUGAAAAUAGGUUGGACUUUUCUUUAGUUGAAUUAUUGGACAUCUUUAGUCCGGUCCCGGCAUGUGAGCAAUGCAAACCGUCAGCCCGAAGGGCCAAAACAUCGCAACGUGGACCAACCCUCACCACCCCCGAGUCAGUCUGCAGAAGUGUGCGUACCCCCGCAGUGCCUUAUCCUCUGAGUCACCGACAGGACUUAGAAGAAAGCCAGAUGUUGGAGGAUAUUUUCUUCAUUUGUUGACAAGAACAAUACAUUUUUAACUUGUUUGAUUUUGACUUAGUCUUAUGCGACUUUUUUCUCUUGAUUUUAAUUACAAAUGAAUAUGUUUUCAAGUGAACUACUGUUAUGUUUUGAAUAUAAAUAAACUUGAGCAUUGCGUUCCCUGGCCAGCUAUGACACAUAAUCCCUCCAGCGUGUCCUAGGUCUGCCUCCUCUCCCCAGAACACCUCACCAGGGAGAGGCGUCCAGAAGGCAUCUGGAGUGGAUGCCUGAGCCACCUCAGCUGGCUCCUCUCUAUGUGAAGGAGCAGCGGCUCUACUCUGAGCUCCUCCUGGAUGACUGACCCUAUCUCUUAGGGUGAGUCCAACCACCCUAUGGAGGAAAGGCAUUUCGGCUGCUUGUAUCCGCGACCUCAUUCUUUCAGUCACGACCCAAAGCCCAUGACCGUAGGUGAUGGUAGGAACGUAGAUGGACCGGUAAAUUAACUCUUGACCGCGACCGUCUGGUACAGCGACCGCAUUACUGCAGACGCUGCACCGAUCCGCCUGUCGAUCUCAGGCUACAGCCUUCCCUCAUUUGUGAAGAAGACCCUGAGAUACCUGAACUCCUUCACCUUGGGCAAGCCCUCACUCCCAACCCUAAGGGUGAAACCCACCCUUUUCCGCCUCAGAUUUGGAGGUGCUGAGUCUCAUUCCAGAAGCUUCACACUCUGCGGCAAACUGCCCCAGUAAACGCUGAAGGUCACAGCCCGAUGAGCCCAUCAGGACCACAUCAUCUGCAAAUAGCACAGAUGGACGCUCUGAUCUCCUCGACUCCACCUAGAAAUUGUGUCCAUCAAAAUUAUUAACAGAAUCGGAGACAAAGGGCAGCCUUGGCGGAGGUCAACUUUCACCAGGAACGGGCUCGACUGACUGCGACAAUGCGAACCAGGCUCCUGCUGCCACCAACCCUUUGAAUUGAAUUCCUUUUCCAAGUCCACAAAGCAUGUGCGAACCGGUUGGGCAAACUCCCAUCGUCGAGUACCCUCGCAAGCUGGUCCAGUGUUCCACGAAGAGGAUGAUAAGAAAAGUUUAGUUCGGGUCAUGAAAAAUGAGACCAAAAAUAAAAGUAUUGCUUGUGAGUGUAAUUUCCAGCAGGGUAUGUUCUCAACAUUCAAGACACCACACAAGACACGUUCUUCUAGACUGUGCUUUAUUAUUGGCCUAAGCUGAGACGCAUCAUUCAUUUCAAAAUUACAAAAAAGGAGUCAAGGGAACAAGAGAAUGGUGCCGUUUUGAAAGUCAGGGACGGGAGCCUAAAGCGCACUGGCCAAUCAGAAGCUUAGUUCUUCAGGAACCUGGCAAAGCUUGAUUAUGCAACAUUCAUUUCCCCACUCUCUGUGUGCUGAAAUUGGGAAAUACAUUUUCCAUGAUCCCUUUUAUAACACAUGACGUCAGAUGUUUCAGUCACUGUUGAGUUUUUUGAAAAUAAAAGCAUGUACUGUAUCCUAGUACAUAAAAUGACAGGAACUCACAUGAGUUUGGAUGGCAAAGUACAGAUUUCCUUGACUUUUGCUCUCAGUUGAACAAGAUCAGAGCUCUGUCAAACGAUACAAAGCAAGAAAAUGGAAGGAGGGGAAUGAAGUUUUUGUGACCAAAAUUCUGUUAUAUGUCACUAAUUUUUUUUACAUUAAGAAUUUAGCACUUUACACUGCAGAAGCUCACUGUGACUCCAAGGCAAAAGUUGUUCAUAUAUGUUUGAUUGUACAGUUAAUUAAAGAGGGGGUGCUA